AUGCCUGCAGGCAGGACGACGGCUCGUACGACUUUGACCGACCAUCCCGAGAUCCAGGAAAAGAUUCGCCGCUGCGUCAAGCAGGGCCACAUUGACCCCGAGGACUUCAAGGGCGUAUGGACCCCUGACCCUGAGAAGAACAAGCCAGGCGAAAAGGGCAUUCGCCUCACCGCCAAGCAGAGGGAGAAGCUGGACAAGGAAGCCGCUGCUGCCGCCGGUGACUCUGACGAGGAGGCGCCGCGCAAGAAGAAGACGGCCAAGCGUGGUCGCAAGAAGGCUGACGACGACGACGACGAGGACGAGCCCGCUCCCAAGAAGUCCAAGACGGCCAAGGCAGCCGGCAAAACAGCCAAGGGAGGAAAGUCUGCGGCUGCCCCAACCAAGCCGGUCCGCGGCAAGGCCGGCAAGAAGGCGGCCCCCGAGAGCGACGAGGAGGAGGUUUCCGAGGAGGAAGAGAAGCCCGUCAAGAAGGCCAGAUCCAAGGCCACCAAGGCUGCCGCUGCCACCGACACCAAACCGGCCGCCAAGAAGGCCCGCAGGACGUCCAAGGCUACGGUCAAGGAAGAGACCGAGGACGAGGGCACUCAGUCCGCGUCCGAGGCCGAGGCCGCGCCCAAGAAGACGGCGGGAAGACGCAAGUCGAAGACGGCGGCAGCCAAGGUUGAGGAUGAGGAGCCGGUGAAGCCACGCCGCGGCCGUCCCCGCAAGGCUUAA